AUGCACGCACUGCAGAAUGAAUCGGAAAUCACGUGUCUCGUACGUCCAAUCAGGUAUACUUAUAUCUUAUGUUUCAUCGUCUUCCUACAAGAAACAUAUCGCACAAUGGGGCCACUCUCAUAUCAGUCAAAAUUAGUUUCCUUUGAAGAAUCCCGACGGACUGGAUGCUUCACGACACUUCCUAUUCGUGUCCAUCCUCGAGAUGAUCUAGCUGAUGCAGCAAGCCGUCAGUUCGUAAAAGACUGGGCCAGGGAGAUGGGAGAUGGCCGGGAAAGACAUACCUAUUUCUCCUUCUCACCAGUGGGGAACUGGUCAUCCUUGAUUUAUCCCGAAGCUAUUCCGGAAAGGUUGGGUGUUUUGGCAUAUCUGUCCGACUUGGGACUGAUUCAUGACGACGGCGGCGAAGGCCUAAGCAUUGAAGAUGCGCAAGCUGAGCACGGUGAACUCUAUGCUGCCUUAGAUCCUGACGACGUCAGCAGCGUCACACCAGGUUCAAGGGCAAUGAAGACUAAAAAGCUUGUUUCGCAAUGUAUUCUCGAAUGCAUCAGCCUCGACCGUGAACUGGGUCUUAAGAUGCUUGCUGCAUUCCGCGACGUCUGGCUCGCUAUUAGCGAGCGAGACAGCGACAAGGAAGCUCAAACUAUGAAAGAAUACUUGAAGUAUCGAAGUGACAACGGAGGAAUGCUGGUCUUCUGGCCAAUGCUUCAGUUCAGCCUCGGAAUAUCCAUCUCAGAAGCAGAGGAAGCACUUGUACAGCCCAUUAUUGAUGCGGCCACCAAAGGGCUUCUUCUAGCGAAUGACUUCUUCAGCUGGGAACGGGAGUAUAGAGAACUCCAAUCCGGUCAAUCAAAGAGAAUUGUAAGUGCUGUCGACUUGUUCAUCAGAACGAAAGGACUUUCAAUCGACGACGCAAAAGAUGAGGUCAAACGCAGAAUCAUCAAUGCUGAGCGCGACUUUUGUCAGCGCCGGGAUGAGCUCUACAAGACCCAUCCUGACAUAUCCUUGAAACUGAAACGUUGGAUCGACUGCGCUGGGUUAGCUGUCUCAGGAAACCAUUACUGGUGCUCGGCUUGCCCAAGACAGAAUGCGUGGAAGGAGGUAGACUCAACCAAUUGCAACGGUGUCAAAAGAAAGCUUUCGCAAGGUGCUGUGGUCAGCAAGCAGAACGCUCCAUUGAAGAAAAGAAAAGACUCCCCCGUCUUUGACUCGGAACCCAGCGACGAUGGAUCUGGACUCUCCGAGGUGUCCAGUUACCCUUUCCACAAGCCGUCGGGAUUGGCCUUGGAGGCGCCCUCAAAGUAUGUCUCAAGCAUGCCUUCGAAAGGCGUCCGGAGCACACUUAUCGAAGCCCUCAACACAUGGCUCCAUGUGCCAUCUAGACGGCUCAAGACGAUCAUGUCAGUGAUUGAUUCGCUGCACAACGCGUCCCUUAUUCUUGACGACCUCGAGGACAAUUCCCCGCUUCGAAGGGGCUAUCCAUCGACACACAUCCUUUUUGGGCAGGCUCAAUCGAUCAACAGCGCAAACUUCAUGUUCGUCCGCGCUGUGCAAGAAGUCGCGCAGAACCUGAGCCCAGCUGCCCUUACUGCGGUCCUCGAAGAACUCGAGGGCCUAUAUCUGGGCCAGAGCUGGGACCUGUACUGGAAACACAACCUCGCGUGUCCAAGUGAGGCUGAGUACGUGAACAUGGUCGAUCACAAAACCGGCGGCAUGUUUCGCAUGCUGCUGCGAAUCAUGCAAGCGGAGAGCGAAGUGACACCGCAGUUGGACUUUCACAAAUUGACGCUGCUGUUCGGCCGCUUUUUCCAGAUCCGUGACGACUACAUGAACUUCCAGGAUUACACGGCACAAAAAGGUCUCUGUGAAGAUCUAGACGAAGGCAAAUUCUCGUACCCAGUCGUUUACUGCUUGGAGAAUUUCCCGGAAUACCGUGGGCAUUUUCUGGGCGUGUUCCGGCAACGCCCCACGGUUGCUACCGUUGACGCGUGUCCCUUGUCGAGAGAAAGUAAGCAGCAUCUGACGGCUUGCCUGAAGAAAAGCGGAGCAUUUGAGAAGACGAUGGCUUGCCUGACGGAUAUGGAACGCGAUCUGGAAGUGGAAAUUAACCGGCUCGAGCAGCAAACAGGCGAAGCGAACCCAAUGCUUCGUUUGUGUCUUGCAAAGCUCAGUGUCAAAGGAAUUACCAGAAUUGGCGAGUGCAUUCUUCUCUCCGAAUCCCUCUCCGUCGAGCUGACUGGCAGUCACAUGUCUGAUUUCAAACAGUAUCCCGUGGCUGCAAAUGGAACUUCUGUGAAAUCCCUCUUUUGGGCACAGCAGCAACAGUCUGCCCAGCCAGCCUGUCUUGUCCAUAUCCGCUCGGUCGAGGAUGUCGCAGCCGUCAUAUCGGUCUCACGCACAACCAGUUGCCCCUUCGCUGUUCGCGGUGGAGGUCACUCGGAUAUUCAAGGUGCGAGCAACAUUGAUGGGGGCAUCACGGUCAAUAUGGCGGGCUUGAGCGAUGUCGAAUUUGAUGAAAGUGAAGGCUUGGUCAGAGUCGGCGCGGGCGCGACAUGGGGCGAGGUGUACGAAGAACUUGAGAAAGUAAACAAGACCGUUGUGGGCGGUCGACUCACUGGAGUUGGCGUUGGCGGACUGCUGCUGGGUGGUGGGCUGAGCCACUUCUCCGGCCUGUACGGCUGGGCAUGUGACAAUGUCCGUAACUACGAGGUAGUCCUUGCAAAUGGUAGUCUAACGAUCGCUUCCGAAUCGUCAAACUCGGACCUCUACCACGCUAUGCGCGGUGGUGGGAAUAGUUUUGGCGUUGUCACUCGUUUCGAUCUUGACGUAUUCCAGCAGGGGCCGAUGUGGGGAGGAUUGCAUGUGUGGCCACUGCUGCCAUCAGUAACCUCUGCUCUCACACGCGGCUUCGUCAAAUUUGCACAUGACGCUCCGUCCGAUCCAUAUGUAUCACUAUUCGCUGGCUUAGGUUACAAGCAAGGUAACUUUGCUUGGGCCGCAGGGCAGUAUGAUACGCUGGGAAGGGUUGAACCUUCUAUCUUUACCCAGUUCAAAGACGAUGCGGAGGUAUAUGGUACGGCGAAGAUUGUGAGCACCGCGAGAGUGACCUCAGUGUCGGACCUUGCGGAUGAGCUGAAUCAAUCAGAACCUGCUGGUAUGCGGAGCCGGUUCACAACAGCGACCUUUACUGCCGAUGUAGGACUGUUAGCACUUAUGGUGGAUAUAUUCGUGGAGCAAGUAAAGAAGGCACUAGAUAAUGGGCUACAAGAGGACCAGCGAUUUGCACCGAUGCUGGGAAUCCAACCACUAACGCAGAACCUUUUGAAGGCCCAGGCGACACGUGGAGGAAACGUAAUGGGUCUUCAUGAUGACGAGGCGCCUUUGGUUGUCUGUUCCUUUGGAUGGGAAUGGUCUCACGAAUCUGAUGACACAACGGUCAUCGCCGGUAUCAAAGCUGUGCUUGACCAGUCUGUCUCAGCCGCCAAGGAGAGAGGCCUGUAUCAUCCUUUCAAGUACAUGAAUUAUGCUGCGAUAGACCAGGAUCCUAUCGGAAGCUAUGGGAACGACAACAUUGAGUUUCUGAAGAGAGUUCGAGAAAUUUAUGACGCAGAAGGAGUUUUUACUACAUUGGUACCCGGAGGGCACAAGAUCAACUAA